AUGAGACGACUGGUCUGCUUGGAGAAGCGUAUGCAGCGAGACCCUGAACUGGCUGAAUCGGUGAAGGAGAAGAUCCGCGAUUACGAACGAUCCGGAUACGUAGAGAAGCUGACGGCAAACCAAUUGACCGAGAAAUUCGAUCGAGUUUGGUAUCUUCCAAUCUUUCCGGUAGUCAAUCCCAACAAGCCAAAAAAGAUGCGCUUAGUUUGGGACGCAGCCGCUAAAGUCUCGGGAGUUUCACUAAAUUCAUUCCUGCUAACGGGACCGGAUCAAGUCACCUCAUUAGUAUCUGUACUACAGCGCUUCCGGGAGUUCCGCAUUGCCAUUUCAGGUGAUAUUCGAGAAAUGUUUCUUCAGAUCUUGAUGAACCGGUUCGAUCAACAGUGUUUGAGAUUUCUAUGGCGGAACGGAGAGCAAAACCGCAGUCCAGAUGUCUACGUUACGAAAGUAAUGACCUUCGGAGCGACGUGUUCACCAAGCUGUGCGCAAUAUGUAAAAAACUACAAUGCGCAGCGGUUCCAGGAACAGUUCCCGAGGGCAGUCGAAGCGAUAGUGAACGAGCAUUACGUCGACGACAUGCUUUCCAGUGUAGAGACAGAAGAAGAGGCGCUACAGCUGGCGAAAGAUGUCCGGUAUGUCCACGCGGAGGCGGGUUUCGAAAUACGGAACUGGCUGUCGAACUCGAAACGAGUGCUGCGGGAAUUGGAAGCAACUGCCGGCGAAAAGAGCUUGAAUCUGUCAAGUGAGAUGGCGACGGAGAAAGUUCUCGGCUUGUGGUGGUGUACUGCGACCGAUACGUUUACCUUCAAGGUAUCUCCGAGAAUCAACGCCGAACUACUGCAAGGUAACAUCGUUCCAACGAAAAGGCAGAUUCUAAGCACGCUGAUGACAGUCUACGAUCCGUUGGGACUACUGGCGCACUUCCUAAUGUUCCUGAAGAUACUACAACAGGAAAUUUGGCGCAGUGGUGUAAGUUGGGACGAUCCUAUCCAGAACGAGCAGUUUAAGAAGUGGCAGACGUGGUUACGCGUUCUUCCGCAAGUGGAAUCGGUCAGCGUGCCAAGAUGUUAUCGGACGAAGACGAGCUUACGUGAGCAGAAUGUGGUCCAGCUGCAUGUAUUCGUAGAUGCGUCGGAGAAUGGUUUUGCUGCAGUUGCAUAUCUGCGGUUCGAAGAAGACGGUGAAGUAGAAUGUGCGCUCAUCCGUGCGAAAACGAGGGUAGCUCCGUUGCGAUUCGUGUCGAUUCCUAGACUAGAACUGCAAGCAGCAGUCAUUGGAGCUCGCCUAGCGAGCGACAUUAUACAGACACAUAAACUGAAGUUUGUGCAAAAAUAUUUCUGGACGGAUUCACGAAAUGUCCUCUGUUGGCUGAAUUCCGACCAUCGGAAAUUUAACCAGUUCGUUGCGGUGCGGAUCAGUGAAAUGUUGGAAUUGACGGAGCCUUCCGAAUGGAACUGGGUCCCGACAAAGCUAAACGUCGCUGACGAUGCAACGAAAUGGCAGACGCUGCCGGAUCUCACUCCUACCAGCCGCUGGUUCCGUGGCCCUGAGUUCCUGUGGGGACCAACAAAAAGAUGGCCUGCCGCCGAGUUCAAAAUUGAGCACACCGCAGAGGAGAAGCGGUCAGCACUGAAUGUACUGCACCAUUCUGUGGAACGCGCUCUAUUCCGCUGGGAAGAUUUCUCGAAGUGGAAGCGACUACAACGACAUGUAGCCUUCGUUCAACGAUUUCCGUCGAAUCUACAGCGGAAGUUGUCAAAGGAACCCAUCGUCACUGGACCUCUAACGCAAGAAGAACUUGAGAAGGCGCAGUUAGCUAUCUUCAAGUCGGUUCAAGAGACAGAGUUUGCUAAAGAGAAAACCCUACUGCAGAAGCCGAAGCCAUUGCCGUGGAAGAACGUUUUGCCGAAGAGUAGUUCGCUGUACAAACUUAGUCCAUUCAUCGGUGGAGAUGGAUUAUUGCGAAUGAAAGGUCGCAUAGACGAAUGCGCGUAUGUGGACGAGUGUACAAAACAUCCAAUCCUGCUGCCUAAGCGGCAUCCGGUCACAGACCUUAUUAUCGCCAAUAUUCACCAGAAGUUCUGCCACUUGAAUCACCAGACCACGCUUAACGAGGUCCGACGCAGAUUUUACGUUCCAGGACUGAAAUCGGCCUACAAGCGCGUUCGAGAACGAUGCCAACUCUGCAAGAUUCAACGAGCGAAGCCGGAAGCCCCAGAGAUGUCAGGUCUACCGUCCGAGCGUUUACAAGCAUUCUGUCGUCCCUUCUCGUACGUCGGUAUCGACUAUUUCGGGCCAAUGCACGUGGCCGUUGGUAGGAGGACCGAAAAACGAUGGGGCGUAUUAGUGACUUGUUUAACUGUACGAGCGGUUCAUCUUGAAGUCGCACACAGUCUUACCACCGACUCGUGCAUCCUUGCCAUCCGAAACUUCAUCGCCAGGAGAGGUAUGCCGGUGCAGAUAGUUAGCGAUCGCGGCACCAACUUUAUCGGAGCCAGCCGUGAACUGAAGGAAGCCUUACAGCAAGUAAACCAGGACAAAUUGAUGGAAUAUUUCGUCACCGCUGAUACGAAAUGGUCGUUCAAUCCACCCGCAUCACCUCAUUUCGGCGGAGUCUGGGAACGCCUCGUUCAAUCUGUGAAGAAAGUCCUGAAGCACCUGCAAGUCACUCGAACACCCACUGACGAAAUACUGAAGAACACACUCACUGAAAUCGAGCUUAUCAUUAACUCCCGACCUCUGACAGAAUUACCACUAAACAAUGAGUUUUCUCAAGCGCUCACACCGAAUGAUCUCCUGAUAGGGUCGUCAGACGGUUCUAAGCCCCCGAUCGCAUACGACGACAGCAGCUACGCCUUGAAACACACCUGGAAGAUGUCCCAGGUAUAUGCCAACCGAUUUUGGCGUCGGUGGAUAGCUGAGUUCCUGCCCACACUCACACGGAGGACAAAGUGGUUCAACCGAACCAAACCGAUCACUGUAGGAGACAUUGUCGUUAUUGUAGACAACACUCUGCCAAGGAACUGUUGGCCGAAGGGUCGUGUGGUUCGUGCAGUCCGCUCCAAAGAUGGACAGGUGCGACGCGCAGUUGUGCAGACUGAACAUGGAGUAUUCGAAAGGCCAGCGGUGAAGCUAGCAGUGUUAGACGUCGGUGCGAAUUGA